GGAAGAUAAUGCAGGUUGCACACAGUGAGGUGUGAGGGGAAUGCGCCCAUAGUGAGGGGAAGAUAAUGCAGCGCGCACACAGUGAGAGGAAGAUAAUGCAGCGCGCACACAGUGAGGGGAAGAUAAUGCAGGUAGCACACAGUGAGGCGUGAGGGGAAUUUGCACACAGUGAGGGGAAGAUAAUGCAGGUUGCACGCAGUGAGGUGUGAGAGGAAUUAGCACACAGUGAGGAGACUAUAAUGCAGGUUGCACACUGGGUGUGAGGGGAAUUUGCACACAGUGAGGGGAAUAUAAUGCAGGUCGCACACAGUGAGGGGAAUUUGCACACAAUUAGGGGAAUAUAAUGCAGGUUGCACGCAGUGGGUGUGAGGGAAGAUGGCAGUGAGGUGUUGGGAGAGACAGACAGAUGCACAGGGUGAGAGUACAGUGGGGGAGGAGAGUGCAGGUUGCACACAGUGAGGUGUGAGGGGAAUAUGCACACACAGUGAGGGGAAGAUAACGCAGGUUGCACACAGUAGGUGUGAGGAGAAUGCGCACACAGUGAGGGGAAGAUAAUGCAGGUUGCACGCAGUGGGUGUGAUGGGAAGAUAAUGCAGGUGGCACACAGUGGGUGUGAGGGGAAUUUGCACACAGUGAGGGGAAGAUAAUGCAGGCUGCACGCAGUGGGUGUGAGGGGAGAUGGCAGUGAGGUGUGGGGAGAGACAGGCAGAUGCACAGGGUGAGAGUGCAGUGGGGGAGGAGAGUGCAGGUCACACACAGUGAGGGGAAGAUAAUGCAGGUUGCACGCAGUGAGUGUGAGGGAAGAUGGCAGUGAGGUGUGGGGAGAGACAGGCAGAUGCAUAGGGUGAGAGUGCAGGUUGCACGCAGUGGGUGUGAGGGGAAUUUGCACACAGUGAGAAGAUAACGCAGGUUGCACACAGUGAGGGGAAGGUAAUGCAGGUUGCACACAGUGUGUGUGGGGAGAGACAGGCAGAUGCACAGGGUGAGAGUGCAGUGGGGGAGGAGAGUGCAGGGCUGGGUCAGCCUCAGGAAUGUCUCUUUAUCUGACAGCUCCCUGCAGUUACUGCUGGUGAAUAAACAGAGCAGCCUGCCAGGCUCUGACUAGUCACUGGCUCUGGGUGGGGUUUACGCUUCUCUUCCUGAGGGAGUCUGAUAGGGAGUGAGACCCAGGAAGAGACAGACUCAGCUGCAGAGAGACCGCUCCCCACCACCUGCCAAGGGCCAGUCUCUCCCUUCCCUCUGGUGUAGACCCAUGGCACGUCGGUCUCAGAGCUCGUCACAGGGGGACAACCCAUUGGACCCCAAUUACCUACCUCCACACUAUAAGGAGUAUUAUCGCAUCGCUAUCGAUGUUCUUGCAGAAGAAGGAACAAAUGCGUACGAGCGCUUCCUCGUGGAUGAGGGGGCUCCAGACUUUUUAUGUCACUCGGAAAUUGAUCACAUCACCAAAUAUCUGCAGAGACCCCCAGAGCCCAGCCAGGAGAGCCUGUACUCGGACCCCGUGUACAGUGCAGAGGAGGAUGAUUGCUCUUCCGGGACUUACUGGCCAAUGCACUCAGACACUGCCGCCCCAGAGCUGGACCUCGGGUGGCCCACAACCUUUGGCUUUCAAGGGACGGAGGUGACCACCCUGAUACACCCCCCACCCCCUGAUAACCCCAGCAUAAAGGAGGAGGUCCGCAGGAUGAUCCGAUCCGCACAGCAGGUGAUCGGCAUCGUGAUGGAUAUAUUUACAGACGUGGACAUCCUCUCGGACCUCCUGGACGCUGCUGCCCGUCGUGUUCCGGUCUACGUCAUCCUGGACGAGAUGAACUCUCAGCACUUCCUGGAUAUGGCGUCCAAAUGCCGGGUCAACCUGAACUACGUGGAGUUCCUGAGGGUGCGCACGGUCUCCGGGCCCACCUACUUCUGCAGGACGGGAACCACCUUCAAGGGGAACCUGCUGGAGAAGUUUCUACUGGUGGACUGCACGGUGGUCCUGAGUGGCACAUACAGCUUCAUGUGGUCAUUUGAAAAGAUCCAUCGCAGCAUGGCUCACAUCUUCCAAGGCGAGCUGGUCUCCAGCUUCGAUGAGGAGUUCCGCAUACUGUUUGCCCAGUCUGACCCCCUCAUUCCUCCUGAGAACGCUUUGGUCAAGAUGGACAAGCCAUACAUGGGAAUGGUUCCUUUUGCCGGCCCUCGCCCGUAUGAUCGAAAGCUUCACUUCAUGUUCCCCAGGGAUGACAGCUCACAGCAUUCUUACCCCUCCUUUGGUGUAGACCCUGAUAGACACUAUUUCCAGCCAUUCCGCAGAGAGGACACGAGGAACGCCAUGGACAUCCCUGGAAUGAGAGCUCAUGGGCAGAGGUUUCCGGAUCCGAUGCAGAUGGACAAACUGCAGAUGUCUUUCUUGCAAAACAAGCAGAUGGAAAUUGAUGCCUAUAAGAGGCACAGCUUUGCUGAAGGCACUUUUGAAAACUAUACGGCCUCUAAGCAAUACUCUAGGCAAAUGUUCAUGAACGCUGACAAUAAUGAAUACCGGAUGCAGUCAAGCCACUUUCAGAAAAGUCAGUUUGUACAAAUGGAGCGACCUGGCCGGACUCAGGGACUGUUUGAAAAGAUCCGAGGCAACCGCCAGGGCAUACAAGAUAUGGAUGACAUGGACGCCAGGUUUCCUCAUUACAAGGCUUUGCAAGGAGAAAGUAAUUUGGCUCUUGAGAGUCCUCACACAAGACUAGGUUACAACCCUUCCAGUUCUUCCCGAGAGGUCAUACAUGGUUCUGACCAGAUGAUGCAUGGGGGAGAAGGACGCUUUGGGCAAAGGUCACAGCAUCGUCAGAAAUUCAUGUGUCAAAUGUCACCCACACAAAAACAGAGCAAUGAGCAAAAGCAGUUUUUCCAGGACCAAGACACAGAUAAGAAACUCCAAGAAAACAAGCAAGGGUUGCGCAGCUGGCGGAUCUCCUCGUACCUGAGCGGCAUACAGCCAGACCAAGAGGAAGAAGGCUUGGUGGUACCCAUAGAUUCAGAGCCCUUUGAUGAUUCUCUAGUACCGGUGGACAAACUAGCACCUGCAAGUGAUAAUUUUAUGAAGUUCACUGUUGAUCCUAUCCCCCCAUACAAGCCUUUAAUGACUCUUAACGAUGCCCCGAUGCCAGUAGAACCAACCAAGGAAUUAUCCAUAUUUGAGAAGGAGAAAGAAGAAAGUUCCCUAGCACGGCAUGAUUCUUUCCGGUCAAGGACUAACCCAUUGAUCCAAAGAAGUUCCCGGCUAAGAUCAUCACUUAUAUUCAGCAACUCAAAGUUAGAACUUCACAAUUCGACUUCUGAAGCUGUACAGGUUCUUCAGAAGGAGCAAAGCACCAGUGAGGUGAUUAAGGAAAAUGAAAUCACGAAGACCUCAUCUAAAGUGGCCGAAAUCCUAGAGAGGUACAGAAGUGUCAACAAAGACAACGAGGUCACUACAGUGAUGCAAGCCAAAGCUGCCUCUAAAGUCAUUGAGGAGGAGACAGAAGAUGGACAGAAAAAAAGCACAGAAUCUUUGGCAUACAAGUCUCUAGAAUCCAAGCUGCUGGAUAAAGAUUCCUUUAGUCGGACACUUUUGGAAUCUCAGUAUCGCUCUUCAGUUACGUCUCAAUUCCAAGAACUUUUGAGUAAAGAAUCAAAGUCUAGUUCUUUCACCAGGUUUGAACAAAAGGUCUCAAAUUUCCAGACAAUAGAAAGCAACAAACCUGCUCUCCCAGAGUCCAAAGAGAGUGGACCCAUAAUUACUGAAAUUGUAGAGCCGCCAAAACCACAAGCAAUAGAAGUGCAAAAGUCCCAGAGCAUAGCGACAUCUGGCCUCAAUUUUGGAAAUGCUCUAGAGAGUAUGUCACAAAACCCAACUCCCGUCAGCCCCUUGACCAAGUCAGAGGAGGAAUUGUCAAAAACUGAUCAGAAUCCCUUUGAGUUCAUGCGAAGAGGGUCCAUGAAACUCAAACAGUUUUUGCAAUCGAAAGCUGAGAAGAAAGCAGAAGAAGAAGCAGCUUCUGAUGCAGCUAAAGUAGAGAAACAAAAUAAUGCGCUGAAGCGUCUUUCUAAAACAGACAGCUCAGAAUCUACACCUGUGGUGGAUGGGGAAGAGAAGACUACUAAAUUACCAUCCGUUUCUCCAAAGUCUACAUCUACUCCCCAAAGCCGGUUGUCUGCCUCAACCUCAAAUGUCAUCUUCAGCAGUAACCUACGUGAUGACACCAAGGUGAUCUUGGAGCAAAUAUCUGCCAACAGCCAAAAAAACAGGGCUGAGAUGGCCAAGCAGUCACAAGCUCUGACCACAAAUGACACAGAGGGGGAAUCGCCCAGUACCAAGUCCUCAGAAGCCAUUGUGGACGCUGCCACCACAACAGACUCGUCCUCCAUAACCAGGACAGGAAGCUUCCUAAGCCGCUUUUCACGGCCUUCCCCAACCUCCCCAGAGGAUAGAGACAACCUGCUAAAGCGGAUGGAGAGCAUCAGGAAAGAAAAACGCGUCUACAGCAGGUUUGAGGUAUUUUGCAAAAAGGACGAACCGCAAAGCAACGCGGACGAGAAUGACGAGGACUCUAAAGAUAAGAAGCUGGGAAAGUUUGUGCCUAGGAUUUUAGGAAGUCUAAUUAAGAAAUGACCAGAGAUACAGUGCAGACUUUUCCAUUCGGUGCCAAGUCUACUUCAGUCUACCGAGAACUCUUGUGCGCUAAAUGCCAUCCGAGGUGUUAUUUGGACAGCCCGAUUUCCAUUGUAGAGUUGUCCAGAGACCUCAAUUGUGGAAAAUUUAUAUUAAUAGUUGAAAUUGUUAUAUACAGCAAAAAAAAGUGUUCAAACUACUGACUUGAUCCUACAGAGACAAUUAAGAUGUUUACUUGGAUGUCCUGCUUGAGAACAGAUGAUGACAUCGUAAAGGGAACUUGCCUAAGAAACUCCCACUUGUGCCUGGGUGACGGCGCAGAGCAGCUCGUCCAUGGCUGAGUUUUAUAUAGUCUGCGUCUUUCUCGUCACUUCUGCUGUGACUCUAUAGCGGCAGCAUAGACGGGGGGAUAACCCAGCUCUUCACCUGGAGCAGGUUCUCUUUGACUCUCCAGUGGGUGUGGAAUUACAACUCCCACAACUGCCAUACAUCCAUCACUCGCUUUACACACUAACCGCUACGCAUUAAUUUAUUCGGCAGAAGUGUCAUAGUCAUUAACAAGUUAAACGGUACCUGAUGACAAUAAUAAUGGGAGGUUCUAGUAAAUAUUGGGAUAAAAGCUCAUGGGUGCCCUAGUUUUAUAUACAGAGGAUGAAGCACUGAACAGUCAUUACUGGUUUUAACAAUCCCUAUUUUUCUACAUUUUGUAAAUACCAAUAUAUAUAUAUAUUUCUUAGCAGUAUGAAAAAUAUCCGUGACUUGUGCUUGUAACCAGACAGCCAGGAAUAUCACAGUCGCCUCACGAUACCAUAGAGUUAUGUGACAUCAUUCAGUGACAUCAGUCGUUGGCGGACAUUUUAACAUUUUAAUUCCAUCUGUUGAAUGUGCAGAUAUUGGGGCCUUUUUUUUAAUAAUCUAAUGUAGCGUUACCGCCAGCAACAGCUCCUCUGUCUAUGGGGGUUCAAUGCUGAUGUCUCUGAUUGGCUAAUAAUUCAGGUUUUAUAAAAGAAAUAACUUGAAGCACGCACAAAUUUCAGCAGGGCUUGUGGUUACUGGCGUUCGGCUGCAGCGGUCUUCGCGGGGCUCUGCUUAUCUGGUCUCGCUCUUCCAUGGGGGACCUUAGUAGCCGCUACUGUAUUAUGGGAGCCGCGUCAUCAAGUGACCACUUACUGUAGUAUUGUGAAGGGCAGUGGGGCCCGGCUUGCUGGAAGCUCCUAUGUAGCAUGUCUCCUCACGGCAUUGGCUGUAUGCACACUGAUUGUCACCUGCUGAAGGCGUGCGAUGGCCAAGCUGCGCAAUUUGUAAUAAAACACUUUUUACCGUUGUUUUAUAUGGUGACCAAAUGAAACGUGUCUGGGGUGAGAGGAUAUGUAAAAUAAAGCUCUGACUGUACAACAAGCA